CUGACGAACGGAACUUGACCAUCGAUCAAUUCAUCAGCGAAUGGCUCGUUCAAUCAUCCAACCCGUCUCUUGGCGACUUCCUACCCGUGCGCCAACCACUCUCCAUGCAUCCUAUCUCGGGAAUCCUAAGUUGGAUGCCCCCGUCCAAGGUCGUGCGGCCACCACGGUACACGAAAAGUUCCUUCGACCUCCAGCAGAUUCCGUGGUGGGAUACUUUACGCGUCCGCCGGUCUGACGCUCGACAGCUACGUGAUCUGUGGUAUAUCCCGUAUACCAACCUAAACUACUCGCCUAGGUAUGCCAGGAUCAUCCCCGCCCGGGAAACAUACUUUUGUGAGAAAUCCAUGUACACCAAGCACAAGGCGACGGUGGUGCAUUUUCAACUGCGUAACCUCAUGUCCGUCACUUCGUACGACACGGUUGAGUUCUCGCGCGAGUCUCGGCUGUACGCGUGGCACCCUGCAUACGACGAGCUGCAGUGCCUGAUCGACCUAUCGCGGCCCGGGCCCGAGACGGGCUUCCAGCAGCGAGUCAAGAUCUCCAGCAUGUGCUCGCGGCACGAGAUCUCGGUCGCGGGCGGGUUCUGCGGGGAGUACGCCCUGCGGGCGGCGGGGACGGAGGAUGAUGCGACGGCCGUGACGACGGGGUUUGUGACGCAGAACCCCAACGGGAUCACCAACCACAUCGACCUGGUGCGGCACCGGACGGCUGGCACGCCCGUGGUGGUGUUUGCGUCGAACGACAAACACCUGCGGCUGCUGGACUGCGAGACCAACACCUUCCUGGCGGACCAGAGCUUGCCCUGGGCGGUCAACUGCACGGCGACGUCGAGCGACGGGCGGCUGCGGGUGGCCAUCGGGGACUCGCCCGACGCGUGGGUGAUCGAGGCGGACUCGGGGCGGGCGGUGCAGACGCUGCACGGCCACCGCGACUUUGGGUUUGCGUGCGCGUGGUCGCCGGAUCUCCGGCACAUCGCGACCAGCAACCAGGACAAGACGGUGAUCAUCUGGGACACGCGCAUGUGGCGCGCCCUGGAGACGCUCGAGUCCGACGUCGCGGGGUACCGCUCGCUGCGCUUCUCGCCCGUCGGCGGCGGCCCGCGCACGCUGCUGCUGUGCGAACCCGCGGACCGCGUGGCGGUGGUAUGCGCCCAGACCUUCCGUUCGCGCCAGGUGCACGACUUCUUCGGCGAGAUCGGCGGCGGCGACUACAGCCCGGACGGCGGCUGCAUCUGGGUCGCCAACACCGACCGCCACUUUGGCGGCUUUAUGCAGUUCGACCGCCGCCAGUGGGGGCAGCGCUACGGACCUGGCGGCCUGCCUGUCGAAUGGCGCCCCGAGGCUUUGUUGGAUGCCGAUCCCCGCUGUGUGCUGAGCGCGCGCGAGCGACACCUGCGCUUCACCUGGUCGAGGGACGAUGAGCCGGACGAUCUGUUGUUGUAAUAUCUCUUCUCAAUUGUACUAUCUCCGUAGUAUUUAUUACUAUACUUUUGUACACUGGACGGACACUACCUAGUACCUACUGUAUACUCCGUAUGUAGAUGUGGCGUGCGGCUGAACGUGGCUGUGCAGGAGGGGCCUUCCCGAUCUAGAC